UUAUCUUCGCGGGAUCUCCUGUCGGCGUUCGUGUGAAUGUAAACUGUGUGUGUGUAUGUGCAAUCGCUAGUGAAGUGACAACUGAUAAUCACAACAAUGGCCGAAAUUGAGUGGCCGUGGCAGUACAGCUUUCCUCCUUUUUUCACAUUUCAACCUCACGCGGAAACUAGAGCUAAACAAAUAGCAGCUUGGAAGAGUUUGGUUUUAGAAUAUUAUCGUAUUACAAAACAGGCUACUGUGGAUGUGCGAGAAGUGCACACUAAUCCUGUAUUUAACAACAGUAACAUAAAUAGAAAAUUAUCACCCGAAGCUGUGUUAGUAAUACUAGAAGAGUUAGAAAAAUCAGGAAAUGCAUCUCCACUGGAUAAGACCAAGCAAAGGUGGCUGGUUUAUUGGCACACUUUGGACGAAUGGGGUGACAUAAUGUACAACUGGGCACAAGCAAAUGGCUUUAUUGGGUCUGUGUGCACAUUGUAUGAAUUGACACAAGGAGAAGAUACAACUGAAGAAGAAUUCUAUGGCCUGGACAUGGAAAUACUGAUUAGGUCACUGAGAACAUUAGAAACUGCCAGAAAAGCAGAGCUCAUAUUGACUGAUGACGGUCAAGGUGUAAAAUUUUUCUAACACUCUGAGAAUAUUGUUGACACAGGCUUUGUUGAGAAUUGCAUCGAGACAUGUAUAAUAUAGAUAUGUAUAAUCUGUGCGUGCGUGUAUGAAAAAUAUUUAAAUUUAUAUAUUGAAAAAAUAUAUAGCUUAUUACUAUCUGUAUUUAGACGAAUAUGUUGAUAUCAAAUAAAUUUGUGAUUCUUUUUCUAUAACAUAAACAAAGCACAAGAAAUCUAAUACUGUAUCCCUAAAUGCAUUUAUUUAUAAAUUCAUGCCAAAAUCGCUGAAAGUUUUUUUUCAAUAUAAAAGUUUCUACACUAAUACUUUUUUUUUUUCUAAAAUAUUUCGCUUAAGAACUUAAUAUAUCGAAAUCCUACAGUCUUUUUUUAAGAUACGUAACUCGUGUAUACAAGUUACUCGAAGCGAAAAAAAAAAAAAAAAA